CAUCCUCCCCGGUGUGUGUGAGUGUCUGUCUGCGAUGGCGGCUCGCGCUCCAUCCAGCCUGCUCCUUGUCGUCAGCAGCACGAGCCAGAACCGGACCGCCGACCCGAAGCCAGCACAGAGCGCGCUGCAGGACCUGCACAGAGGAAUCCGCUCGUGGGAUGUGGAUCUGAGUCUGUGUAAUCUGGACGAACAGCUGAAGCUCUUUGUUACUCAGCGUUCAUCUCAAGGCUCCGCGGACGUUAAAGGUCAGCGGAUAUUUCACUCCUCUACACAUGUUCUCAGCUCCAGGGUUCUGAUCAAUCCCUCAGAGGAGCUUCUGUACUCAGAGAUACGCAGCCUGAUACGGGACUCGAGUCAGCACAAGCUGCUCGUGCUUGCAGGACAGUCGCUGGAGGACACUGGGGACAUCAUCCUGCAAACUGGACACUUCAGUCCAAACCACUUCUCUCAGAUCUUUGAGGAUGAGGAGAUCCAGUCAGUACUGAAUGCUGCGAGUGCACAUGGAAAACCAAGCCUGACCCUCAGCUGUCCAAAGACUGGAAAAUGGAAGAACUCUGUGCUUGGGAAGCACAACAUUCAAGAUUUGAUAGACAUUAAGGUAAACCCUCUAAUGGUGCUCCCCAAAAUGGAAGGCCUUCAGGAGUUUACGGAUGAUCUCGCCCAGACUCUUGAACUAAUGUCGCCAUUUGACCUUUUGGAGCCUCCAAGCACGGUGGGCUUCCUCAAGCUUUGCCGUCCCUGCUGCUACAUCUUUCCAGGUGGGAGGGGGGACUGUGCCUUCUUUGCAGUCAAUGGAUUCAACGUUCUGGUCAAUGGCGGGGCUGAUGAACGCUCUUGCUUUUGGAAGUUGGUGAGGCAUCUGGACCGUGUUGAUUCUGUUCUGCUCACUCAUGCUGGGACAGAUAAUUUGCCAGGGAUUAACAGUCUAUUUGAAAGGAAGGUUGCAGAACUUGAGGAAGAUGAUUCCUCGAACUCGAAUAAGAAAGAGAAAUGGCUUAAAAAUUUAAUAUCUCCAGAGCUGGGCGUGGUGUUCUUCAAUGCACCAAACAGGCUGAAAAAACUUCAAGGUGACCCAAAUGUGCUAAGAAGUAGCGAUCAAGCAGCUCUAACUCUACGGCAUCUGGAGAAGCUUAAGAUAUCCCCAGAACCGCUACUUCGCAACUCAAAUGGUUCUAUAGAGCCAGUUGUUUUGUUUCAGAAGAUGGGAGUUGGGUGUCUUGAGUUAUAUGUCCUUAACCCAAUAAAACGCAGCAAAGAGUUUGAGGCGUUCAUGCACAGCUGGCCUGAGAGUAGCUCCAAUCCCAAAGGCUCAGAGAUUCCAUUAACCUGUCUAGUUUCUAUCUGUGCUUUACUUGUGUGGCAUCCGGCCAGCCCACAUGAAAAAAUAAUCCGAGUACUCUUCCCUGGUUCCUCACCACAGGCAAAGAUAUUGGAGGGUCUAGAGAAGUUGAAACACCUAGAGUUUCUCAAGCGACCUGUAGUGUGCUCGAAAGACAUUGAAUCAUCAAAGUCAGAAAAGAACCCAAAACGUGCAGAGAGCCAAGAUAGCCUCAAAUCCAACACAAAGGAAUCUCGAACAGGGACACCAAGUGCAGCUCCAAAGGAGAGAUCAGCUCGUGGGUAUCUAGACCCAAAGGACAAGACCAAAGUUGUGAAUGGAAGUGACUCUACAGGCGAAGAAAGGCUGAAGUCUGUGGAAAACUAUGGCAAACUAAAACCCUCCAAGCCUGUUGCAAGGAAGGAGUCUCUUAGAGAUAAUAAAAAAGAUGAAAGGGGUAGUGCAUUGGUAACAAAGAAACAAGAAAAUGGGCAAAGGAAAAUGUCUGGGAAAAAAGAUUCGCCUGUUAACAAACCAAAGGCAGACUUAAAGCCUGAACAUAAAAAAGAUGAAAAAAAUGAAGAUAAAAAGACAAGUUUGGCAGGAAAAGAUGUGAAGAAAGCCCCUUCAACAUCUGUGGUCCCUCCUUCAGAUGCAAGUAAGUCUGCAAGUGCAAAGAAAAUUGAAACAAAAGAAAACAAAGGGGCAGAAAGUAAGAUAAAAAGCAACAAAUCUAACAAGGAACAGCAGAACCAGAAGCUAUCAGGUGAUGUGGAGGAUUCAAAUCACUCCAUAAUUUCUUCACCUGAAGAUAUGACAUCAGAGUUUCUGGAAUUGGAGCGAGAGCAGGAACAUGAUGUUUCUGUAAGUAAAAUCUUGGACCAACACUCUGGGACAGGUUCAGGAAAUGGAGAUGAUCUGAAGAAUGACCAUGGCAAUCCUGAGAGGGCAGAUUCUCGAGAAGCUGUACCCAAUCCAAGCAAGGCCAUUGAUCCUUCUGCCUACUUUGUCAAGAAUACAAAAAGCGAACGUAGUGUAAAUUUGGACCUCACACCAACGGAGUAUACCCUACUUGAUGGCGCUUUUAAAGACAAUCUGUCCAAAUGUGUUCAGGAUGAAGUCUGCAUCAGCCCUGAUGAAAAGACUUUGGAGUUGAGUUCUCCUAGAUCUGGCCCGAAUAGUGCUGGCCAUACGCCCUAUCAUCUGUCCCCUGAGGAGACUUGGGCAUCUAGGGACCACAGCAGUCUGGGAGCCAAGAUGUGCCUUGGAUCAGAGAGUCAGCAGGUAGGAGGAUCCUGCAAGAAUUCAGAGUCUGGAUGUGCCAAGAGUAAUCAAGAGAGCACCUCUGCCUCAUCCAAAGAAAAACACUCCAGUUUCCUAUCCCUGAGUUCUUUCAAGGACAAUAUGCCUGAUAUAUCUCCUACUGUGACCACCCACUCAAUGCCAGCAGAAGUUAGCUCACCACAGUCCACUGAAGUUGAUGAGUCUUUGUCAAUGUCCUUUGAGCAAGUCCUUCCCACAGUCAGUGAAUCCACCAAUGAGGAUGAAACGUCUUACUCAAACGGUCAGUAUGUAGAUUCUGAUUUCAAGGUAGGAAUGUCCCUGUCCUUAAAAAUGGCCCACACCAAGAGAGUUAUGAACGAUGGCUUGGAUGGACGUCCUCCUGGACCUCAGGGCCUGAUGUUUGAUGCUGGUGCCCAUGAUGUUGACCUUUGUCUGGUGUCUCCAUGCGAGUUCAAACAUUUCAAAUCUGCAGGGAUUCAACAGCAUCCAUUGUCUCCGGGACUUACCACAACCAGCAGCCCUCAAGACCUCUCAGAUGAUAGUGAUCAUUCCCAGGAUGUGGCAAAACCCUUACCACAAGUAUAUUCAAACAGCAAGUCCACUCACCUAGCCCAGGAAACUCCUUUGACUUCUGUUAGUGACUACUUCCCCAAUGCCUCAGAUUUGGAUAUUCAUCCUGGAGUGGAGGAAUGCCCCUCCAUCACUGCAGAUGGUGCAUUAGAUUCUGAUGAGGAAGCUGGGAUGCAUUUCUCCUCUCAGAACCCUACCGAUGGUCACAGGACAAACAAUACCCCACCUCAAGAUCCUUUGCCAGUCCCUGUGAAGGACUUGCCUCCCCUUCCACCCCAGCCUGGGGCCUGCAUGCCUGAUAUGGGGAAAGUCAAAGUUGGUGCGACUAAGAGCAAAAAGAUGACAGGGGUUAUCUCGUCCACCAGCUCAGUGCAAAACAGCAAAAUUAAGACUGGAAAUCAAAGCGGAUCAGCUGGUAGUCUGAGAUCAAGCUCCACUGUAGACAGUUCUGCAUCACGCUCUGCUCAUUCUGCUCCAAAAAGACUGAGCGCAUCCGCAGGAAACAAGGGCAGUUUGUCAGUAUAUCUGGACCUGGCAUAUCUCCCGUCUGGCUAUGCAGCUUCCACUAUUGACCUUGAGUUCUUCUGCCGCUUGCGAUCCUCCUGUUACAUCAUAAGUGGGGACGACACUAUUAAAGAAUCCAUGAUGAGGCCCAUCCUGGAUGCCUUACUGGAUGGAAAGUCCUUAUGGCCUGAGCAUGUGCCGGUGACGUUGAUUCCCACAUUUGAGUCGGUUAUGAUGCAUGAGUGGUACCAGCAGACCCAAGAGAAGCAGCGGCAGUUGGGCAUCACGGUUCUGGGCAGUAACAGCACCGUGGCCAUGCAGGAGGAAACGUUCCCUGCUUGUAAAGUGGAGUUUUGAGACAUGAACAAAACUCCACUCUUGACAUGAGCCUUUACCUUCCCUUUUGAGCACUAACUUCAGCACUUAAACCCACGGAACAUGGAAAAGACCCGUGCCUGCAUGGUUUGAUCACCUGAGCAAUGAACGUAGAUUUGUAAUCUUGGUAAUUAAUACUGGACUUGAGCUGUCUCUCAAAUAGAGUACUUCUGUAGUGUACUGGCCACUUGUAGUGCGAGUAGUGUGUUCACACUGGAAAACAGCAGGAUGCUACACCAGAUCUGCCAAAAAAUGAGGUUUUCGCUCUUCUGCAACUACGCAGAAGGCUGUAGGAAUGGAAAGCUGUAGGAUUUAGAGUGGCCAUCAAAACUAACGGAGGAGCCUCAGUAGAUGUUCUAGAGGAGGAACCAUCAGAAGAGUAGUCAGAGGAAGCUGUAGGAAGGGAAGGGGGCUUCAGAGAAAGUGGUAGAAAGAGGAGGAACCUUUAGAGGAAGCGGUUAUAUGAGGUUAUUUCAAUUACUCUGAGUUAUUUGUCAUUUCCAAAAUGCUAGUGUUUGAUUUAGGGUGAUCAGCCGCUCCACCCCUCAAAAAUCCAGGUUCUAGAUGCACUAGUGCAUAGCAUGAAAAUGUUUAAGAAUAUAAUAGUACCCGAUUUGAGACGCAGCAAUUUUGCAUUGCUUCAGCAGAGGCAAUGCGGUAAAUAAUUUGCUCAUCAGUCCAAGAUCAUAUAAAUAUAUACACAUUUGAUUUAUGUUGUUAAAAUAUUGUAUGUAAGGUAAAUUCACAGUACAAGUUGCAUGCAUCAUUUCAUCUCUGAUAAUUGAUUACGCUUCCCCCUGCUUUGCCUUUAAAAUAAUGCCAAUCCUGUGAGGUAAGGAUUACACCAGCCUCUCUGAAUGAGCUCCUGUCUAUUCUACUCCACUCUUCCACUGAGUUGGUGCACAUUUCAGCCAGAAUUCCUGUCCGCCUAUUUUCUUUUAUUUUAUUUGUUUUAUUUUUACCCAAUUUUCUCCCCAAUUUAGUUGUUUCCAAUUCCACCCCCCAAUCACACGAUGCCAUCAAUGCUAGGAGGGUGAAGGCCGCACAGGCUUCCUCUGAGACCUGUGAAACCAGCCACCGCAUCUUUUCGAACUGCCAUUCACGCAACGUCACUGGACAGCCGAACGUGCUUGGAGGAAAGAGCCAACCUCCAGAUCUGUUAUGUCAGCCCACGCCUGCACUGACCAGCAUCACGUUGAGUGAUGGGGGAGACGGGGGGGCCAUUCUACCCACCCAGAGAGAGCAAGGCCAAUUGUGUUUCCCGGGCAUCACCAGGGCUCGAACUUGCAAUCUCCUAAUGAUACGGCCCACACUUAGACAGUUGUGCCACUCGGGAGCCCCCUGUCUGUCUAUUUUCUGAUGUUCCAGAUUGAGAAUUGGGAUUGGGGUCUGGUGAUGUUGCUGGUCAGUGACACUGUCCCAGUGUUGCAUCAUGUCUGUUGAGCUAGUCACCUACAGUCGUCCAGUAGGAAACCAUGCCUGAGGUCCUAACCAAUGGGAGAGCUUGCUUGGCUGUGUUUACCUAGAUAUCACAGAGAAAACAAUCCUGACUGGAUCGUUUUCCAUUGGGCAUUUGAAGAUUUUAACCAGUGUCGGAGUGGGAAAUCAUAGCCAUUGCUUCUCCUGCUUUUCCCCUUUUCCCUAUCUUAUACUAUUGGUCAAAUCGCAUUCUCUGCUGUUACUGUUUGCUGUCUGGUGUGGACCAGAGGAGGAUGGGUUCCCCUUUUGAGUCUUAGUUCCUCUCAGGGUUUCUUCCUCUUGCUGCGGCGAUGCACAUGGGGGCUCGUCUGUUGUAAAAGCGCUAUAUAGAUGGAUUUUGACUGCUCACUUACUGUGAGCUAAUGAAUAAACUGACAGAUUUAAGCCCCCAAACCCCCAGACAAACUAUAAACUUUACACCCAAGUGUGUAUCUGUAGUAAUUUAGGGUUAAACCAGUGGCCCAACCCUCAAGCAGUUCAGCCCCCAGUUCCGUUUGCUGAUUGUAAUUCGUACAGUGGAGAAAGAUCCGAUGAAGUUGAAGUUAUCAAAUUAUAUACCGCUUACAUUCAGAUGCCUGAUUGGGCAUUAGCGUGUAACUGGGGCACUGUUUAAGGUGGAAUGGAAACACCAAUAGGAAGCUAACAUCAGCCUUGAGGGCUCCAGUUAAGCGUGAUGAUGUGGUGCUGCUAGCACGACAGCUCCCCUGAGUUUAUUACUGCGUUUGCAGUUUUCCUACAUGUGUUAUGUGAAGAUGGACAGAACUGCAGGUAUGAUAAAGCCAGUUAAGGAGGAUGAGCAGGUGGGCAGUGAGAAACGCUAACAGGACGUUAAGCUGAGAUGAUUAUGUCACAUUUCGCUUUCAUCCGUUUUCUUUUCGUCACUAGCCACCUUGUUUAUCUCAGUAUGUAAAUAAUAAAUAAGAGGUAUGAGGAAGAAAAGUGUCUUUAGCAGGAGAAAUACAGGUGGGCUGGUCCACAUGUGCCUCCUGGUCUGAAAACAAGUCCCCCUCCGGCCUGAUUUUAACCCUUUUUCUUCCCAAUGAAAGUUAGCCAGGGCGUAAUAGAAUUGAUACAGAAUCUAUUUUAAUUAAGGCGAGGGGAUGCACGCUCCCAAAAAUGAUGUCUGAAAUUUACUUAAAAUCUCAUCUAUAUAUGUAAUAUUUCUCAUUUGGAGAUGUUAUAGGGAUAUGGAAUAUCAUGGAAUGAUUGCAAAAAAAAUCUCAAAACAGGUAAAAAAUGUCUAGAAAUACUUUAGAUAAUUUUAAUAUCGCAAUUUGAAAUAUUGCACAUAUAGACUUGCUUAAAGCUAAUUUUGCUUGCUGAGAUCGUUUUGUGCAGUGCAUAAUCAGAUAUCAGACAGUAAGUGAUGUGCGGGACUUAUUUGAGGUUGCAACUGUGCAGAAUGUUAAAUAUCUCACAACAUGGUUAAUUUCUCCACAUGCAGCUUUGUGCAUGUCGUUUUUUGUUAAAUGUGUUUUCUGUUUUGGAGGAAGCUUCGUUGAUUUUGGAGGAAGCUUUGUUGGUUUUGGAGGAAGCUUCGUUGAUUUUGGAGGAAGCUUCGUUGAUUUUGGAGGAAGCUUCAUUGAUUUUGGAGGAAGCUUCGUUAAUUUUGGAGGAAGCUUCGUUAAUUUUGGAGGAAGCUUCGUUGAUUUUGGAGGAAGCUUCAUUGAUUUUGGAGGAAGCUUCAUUGAUUUUGGAGGAAGCUUCGUUAAUUUUGGAGGAAGCUUUGUUGGUUUCAGAAAAAAAUGUGAAAAAAAUCUUGCCACAGCAAUUCGGCACAAACAAAACGAUUUAGAUUUUAUAGAGCCGAAGUUAAGAAGCAUAACUGUGUUAAGACGACAUGCAUGUUUGUAUAAACUAAAGAAUGUAUGUAUCAGGAUAUGUACUGUAUAUAUAUGUGAUGCCAUUCGACUGAAUAAUGUGACUCCAGUCAGGAGGCUUUGACCCAUUUUCUCAGAACUAAAUUGCAAAUUCAGAAAUGUAAUUAUUCAUAUCAAGCCUCAGAGAGUCUGAGAACUUUCAGAUCUUCUGAGAACAGGUUUAUUAGGUUGUUACACACUUCAUGUCAGUAGUGCUGGGUGUUAUUUGCUCUGAAGCGUCCUGAUUGGACGCAGCUCAGGUGUAAAAGGACAUAAAUUAGAUGGUUGAUUUUCAUAUUAGAUCGUACUUCAUUUAAAGUGCUGCCGACGUUCAGCCCACAGUGCAUGGAGACUGUUAUGAACCACCAAUAUCAACUAAACUGUUAACAGGUGUACGGCCUGCAGGACCCCAUGGGAAGACGAGUCAACUCAGUCUUAGUUUGACCAUACAGAACCAAAAGCAUUGAUAACAUAUCUUUUCAUCAUUGUUGCUUCUGCUGUGGGUCAUUUACUGUCCCAUUACUAACCCUAACCCUAAAUCUGGAGACCCCACUCAUGGUUUUGAUAAUCAGCCGAUGACUUGAAGGAGUGAUUGAAGGGAAAAUGUACUACAAUGUGCAGAAUUUCUUAUGUAGGAGUAAAACAGCUCAACACUCCGAAAAAUAAAGGUACCAGAAAGGGUUCUCUGGAGCAGCGCCAUAGAACAGGGUCUUUAAAUACGGACCCUGAAGAGAUUCCGGUCCUGGAUUCUGUAAUUGCUGGAAAGUAAGACUCUAAGUGGCCAUUAGUGACCAGUUUAAUUAUAAAGUCUAGAUUUUAAAAACUUGCCAUAGAAGAACCACUUUUGGUUCUCUUAAGCAGGAGUUCCCAACCUUUUCACAACACAGGCCACAAUGUUUUAGUCGGGGUUGGUGUUUGGGUGGUGGAGUAGGGGUGGGGGGCGUGGCUGGGGGGCGUGGCUGGGUGACAUGCGGAGCACAUAAUUGGCCUGUGUUUUGUUUUUGAGUGUAUUUAAACAAAAUGAUCCGUAGCAGAACCGUCUGCCGAUCUGCCGGUUUAUCUGUUAAUAAUGUGAUUUUUCAGCUUUGCUGCAUUUAUUUGAUCUGUAAACGACACUUUUAUACAUGAAAACGCAGAAAUAGAGAUGAAAGUCACACGUCAGUCAGUCCUUCUUAAGCAAACCAAUGAUAAGCUUUAGGAAAAACAUUUUGUAGAGUGGGUUGUGCUUCGGCCCCCUUUCCCAGACUCAAUUUCAACCUAAUCUUACAUAGUGCAGCUUUAUAGAAGCCCUUUUGUAGAUGAACCUUCUUCAAAGGUUCUUCACCAUUUAAAGGUUUUCCCAGGAACUGUUGAGGAACCUUUAUUUUUGUGAGUGAGCGGUUAUAGCCUGGACUCCACUGGCUCUGCUGGUUUGAGAUCUGUCCUCCGGCAGUGACCCAUGCCGCUGUGUCCGCGCUCGCUCUGAUUGUUCGUGAUGUGUCCGCCGCUGUGUGACUGUUUAAGCGGAGGCUUUAUGAAGAGGGAAGCUAUGCAGGGCAUCUAAACUCCUGUGUUGCUGCACUGUAGACUAGAGGAUCGUCUGUAAUGUAACACGCACAUGACAUGAGUUUGUUAUUAAAACGUUCAGCUCAAACACGUCUGACUUCA